GAUCCAUGUGUACGUCAGUUCCUUUCUGCAGAAAUGUCAGAAAUCUGACCUGUGCUGCCUUGACCGAAGGACUUUGCUGGUGGGUACAUUUUGCCUGCGUCUCUAGCAAGCUCCUACUCUCCAGCUGGAAAAGGUGAAAUUAGCAACAAAGAGGCCUUUUCUCCUACAUUCUUACUGGAGUUUCCAAGAGAACACAUGGCAAAGGCUUCAUCUUUACCUUGUCUCUCUUACAAAAGGAGUAAACACUGCUCUGAGCUUUAUUUACAUGCAUAAUGUCGACUUUCGUUGUCUUUGUUGAAGUUUUUGUUGCUGAUCGUAUCUGAUUCAUUUUAAAUAGUUUAGGUUUAACUGUCCAUAUUUAUGUCAGGUUCUUUUUGUUGUUAAAACAUGAAUGUUUUAAAAAUGUUGUUUAUAAAACAGUGCUAAAAGGAAAUAAUAGGUCUAUUGAUUGCUCAGCGAGGGAUGAGAUUUGCAGCAUCAGAGUCCAGCGUCCUGGCAUAACGCUUGAGAGGUCUUUGGUAGCCAGGCUGGGAAAGAUCUCUAUGUAUACACUCCUUGUGAACUAGUUCCAGAAGAGAUUCUUUUGUAGUUUGUGAGCUCGAGUUAGUGAGGCAGAAAGUGCUGUAUGCUGACAUUUCUUCCUCUAGUCUUACCGAGUGGAGUGGUCAAAACCGGGAGUGCCCCAAAGAGAGCCUCCCAGUUGCCAGGAGGGAGAGCUCUCGCACGUGUGCUUUCCCAGGCAUCUGCCUGCCUGCCUGCCUGCUGUGGCCAUCCCCAGCCCUGCCUCUCCCGCCACUGCCCGUGUCCUUGGCCUGUCACAGAGGACAGUGCUGGUGCAAUGCAGUCGCUCACAUCCACCCGGCGCUCAGCCUCAGAAAGUAGCAGGCGUUGGCUUGGUCCAGCUGCUGAGCUCCUGGAGGAAAACUCAGAGCUCUGAUUCCUGCGGACUCCUGCUGGCGGUAGGCAGGUGAUUAGGAUGAUACACCAGGGGAAAAACUGGAAGUCCAUGUGCAAGGGGCUGAUCCUGGGGACUCUCCUGACCAGCUGCAUGCUGCUUCUGUACUCCUACGCCAUCCCGCCCUUGCAAGUCAACAUGAUAGAGGUCCCGAUCCCCUACUCGUGCUCUUCCUACCCUGCCCAGGCCCAGGCACCAGCUUCUGUCAAUGUUAGCCACAGUUCACCGGGACAGAAGUGCCUCCCCAAGCUGGACAUUAUGUUCAUGAAAACCCACAAGACAGCGAGCAGUACCAUCCUCAACAUCCUCUUCCGCUUCGGGGAGAAGCACCGCCUGAAGUUUGCCUUCCCCAAUGGGCGCAACGACUUUUACUAUCCGUCGUUCUUUGAACGAAGCCAGGUGCAGGACUACCAGCCUGGCAUGUGCUUUAACAUCAUUUGCAACCACAUGCGCUUUCAUUAUGAGGAAGUGCGCAAGCUUCUGCCAGCUGACACCAUCUUUGUGACAGUGCUGCGGGACCCUGCCUACCUCUUUGAGUCCUCCUUCCACUACUUUGGGCGUACAAUUCCCUUGACUUGGAAGUUGUCUGGUGAGGACAAGCUGGCUGAAUUCCUGCGUGACCCAUGGCAUUACUAUGACCCCAAUGGGUUCAAUGCUCACUACCUCCAGAACCUCCUUUUCUUUGACCUAGGCUAUGACAAUAACCUCAACCCUACCAGCCCCCUGGUUGACCAGCACAUCCGUGAGAUUGAUGAACGCUUCCAUCUGGUCAUGCUGCUAGAAUACUUUGACGAAUCUUUGGUGCUUCUUAAGGACUUGCUGUGCUGGGAGCUGGAGGACAUCCUCUACUUCAAGCUCAAUGCUCGGAAAGACUCCACUGUUUCCAAGCUGACAGACCAGCUGUACCAGAAGGCCACAGCCUGGAACAUGAUUGAUGCCAAACUGUACCGGCACUUCAACACCACCUUCUGGCGCAGAGUGGAAGCAUAUGGGAGAGAGAGGAUGGCCAAGGAUGUAGCCAGGCUUAAUGAAGAAAACGAGAAGAUGAAAAGCAUCUGCAUCGACGGAGGCCAUCCCGUGGACGCCAAUGCCAUCCAGGAGUCCGCCAUGCAACCAUGGCAGCCGCUUGGUGAGAAGUCUAUCCUGGGCUACAACCUGAAAAAGAGGAUAAACAAGAAGCACCGGAAGCUUUGCCGCAAGAUGUUGACACCUGAGAUCCAGUACCUGACAGAUUUGGGGGUCAACCUCUGGAUCACCAAGCUAUGGAGCCGGGUGCGGGAGUUCCUCAAGUGGUAGAAGGACCACCCUCCCUGUUCCUGCCAACCACGCCUCCAGUCCGAAAGAACAACCAGGUGCUUUUGUUUUGGUCCCCCUGCCCCUUCUUCUUUACGGUAGUCGGUUGAACAGGACUCAUGUUGUACCAUGAGCAAAUGUGGGAACUGGCUGAGCGCUCAAAGGAACCGGUAGGUAACCUUUGUAGGUGAAAAGGGAGGAAAAUGGCCAGGGCUUCUGGCUGGUGCAGAAAGGAUCUACUGCCAGCCAUUUUGGCCUGUGCUUUGGCAGAAGGGAAGCUGAGGCACUGAACCUGACAGGAUUUCACUCAGUGGUGCAGUUCCAGAUAACUGAGCCAGCCCUGCCGCCUGAGCUGCAAGCGGAGUGAACAGAUGGGCAGCAGCACCGGGACACCUUUGCCAAUUGCAGUAUUUUGCUAACUAUCAAGGAAGAUACUGCUGUUCUUUCCUUCUCAAAUUCUGUUUCAUACUGUUGUGGAUAACAGCAGUGACAGGUGACUGCCACCCUGUUUUGUAAUUCAUGGAUUCAGUAGUGCAAGGGAAGCAGCUGAGACAUGUGUUUGUAUGUUGAUCUCUGUGCUGUGUGUACUCAUGGAUGCUCCUUUCUAAAGAAGCGAAUUAGCACAUACCCAAGUGCCAGAUGAGGACUUACUGGCUGGGCAGCACAUUUCUUGGUGAAUGAAUGAAGCAUACAUGUUGGUUUCUGUGGAGCACUGACUUAAAUGAGUUUAAUAGUCAUUUCGCCUCCCCUAGGAAUGCUAGGCACUCUGGUUCUAUGAUGAGAGCUAGUGACCUCCAACAAAAUUAUCAAUGCCCUCCCAGAUUAGUUUCCAGGAUACUCUGGGGAGAAGCCACAACCUGUAGUUAAUAUAGGACUGUUAAAUCUUCAUAGUACAUAUAUGUCCACAGGAAACCAAAACAGCGGCAUGAGUAGAUGAGCUGCAGAUGUGUGUAGUAGUUUAAUGAAAGUUAGGAUCCUACGCAAACACUGAAAAGGGUGCUAUGUUGUUGUCUGUGUUGUGAAAUCCAUGUUGGUAUGUUUUGCUUUGUGGGUGAGAAGGGAGUGUCUGUGUGCGGCUUUGCUUUUGUGUCACAGUCUGUGAGAGGCAGUAAAAGGCCCUGACAUUUGCACUGCCCUGCGCAGCACGGCAGCCUGUGAACAGUCUGUGCCACAAAGGCUACGUCGGGAUAUGAGUGCCGAGUCAAUGCAAGACAUUCUCCUUUAGUUCCAGGAAAGCUGCCACAGCAGGCGAAGGUGCCAGCUUUGGCUGCCUCAGAGCCCCCUGCAGAGGGGAAGACCAGUGACAGGGCCACUCCUCAGCAGGCCUGCUCUUAAUCACACUCUGGUGCUCGCAGGAGCUGGCCUGGGGCAGCCGACCUGUAUGACGCAUGCCGCCAAGACUGGCCAGGUGAGCCUGCACCAGCUGCCACCAGCAACUGUGUACGGGGCUUCAUCCACUCCUGCUGCUUCCACAGUUCAUAGAAGUGCAACUUUCUGAUUUUUAUGUAGUAGUUAGCAAUAAGGGGCAUUGUGUAUAUAUUUUAAAGCAGCUUCUGCAUUUGAACUGUUUGCAGAUGGACAGACAAUAUGACUAAAGGUGUAGCCCAGUGAGCGACUCCAGGAGUGAUAACACAUCACUCCACUGAUGGCUCAGGAAACCCAAGCUAUGCUAUGCAGACUCCCCAAAGACUUGGUGUCCUUCUUUGUGUAUUCCAAGUCCAGCCUCAUGUGACCAAGGCCUUUACUAAAGAACACAGGUCUGUGGACACUGUUGAAAUUUGGCUGGAAGAUCUCAGGUUAGCAUUCUGUGGCCACAAGGUGUGUGCUUGUGUCAUCAUCCGACUGACCCUUUGUUUCCAAUACCCUUGUGAGCUGGUCCAUGCGCAGCAGAAUGUCGCUGGUCUCUUUCUCCAAACUGUUGUUUGUUCUGAAUGGCCUCACUGGUUUGAGGAUCCCAGAGUUGCUGUCCUCAAAGGAUGGAUGCAGGCACAAGCAGAGGGAUCUGGUGAGGACUAGUGUACCAAGAAGGCUUAAGUGAGAAGGGCAUGUGUGUCUUCGUGUUUCUUUCAGUUGCCGCUUCUUACUGAGCAGGAAUGUCAGGCUGAUU